UAGUCUAUUGGAGUGUUGGGUUUGGGUAAAUUACGCGAAUUUUGCGGAUUUUUGUGAGCGUAUUAUCAAUUUUGCAAAUGUAAUAGUGUAGCCCAAACUUGUGCAUGAAUUAAUUACAUGCUAAUAAAAUAUAUAAUUAUGAGCAUAUGAAGUGUGGUUUCUCAAAAGAUUAUCAUUUUAGUGGUCUCGCAUAAGAAAAUAUAACCUUGGUCUGAAAAUGAUUACAUUCUGAAGUGAGCACACAGUGCACAGAUUGGAUACAGAGAUGAAAUGUGUCUUUAUAGCACAUAAAUAAUGAGUGCACAAAGUGGUUGUGUUAGCUGCAACGAUGAGUCCGAACACUUUGACACUAAACACGAUGGAGACUGUUCGGAAGGUGAAGACGCACAAAUACGCCUGGCGCCACACGUGCAGGCGUACUUGGCACACAACAACCCAACCACCAACUGCUGCGGCUUCGCCAUACCUAUUGCUUUUGAGAGGGCCGCCCCCGGCACCUGGUGGAACCCACGCUUUGACUCUGAAAUACUCGAGGGACAAUACAGAAGUAGCUCUUUUAGACAGAUAAGACUAAGAUUCAGAUUUGCACUUUUAUAUAUUUUGAUAUUUUCUAUAUCAUGGUUUAUCUACCUUGUGGUUCUUGGCUUAAAUGGUGUAUCUGUAAAAUGGCCGUUUUUGUGUUCUAUAUUUGCUGGUGUCCUCCUUAUAACGUCUGUUAUGUUGUUUGUAACAUUUACAAAUAUUUACAAAGUGUACACAUCCAAGCUAUCCCUGAUCAUGGCACUCGCUCUGUGUACCCUCAGUCUGUCUUUAGUGACAUUGACCACACAAAUCAAUGCUGAAUAUGUCCAAGCUGCUGAUAUCAGUCAAUCUGGGCAUUUUGCUAUGUGUAUAGAGAUUCUGCUGAUAAUAUACACCCUGACACCGUUACCCCUAUUUGUUUGUGUGAUCAUAGGACUGAUGUAUUCAACAGUGUUUGAAGUCUUGAAUAUUGUAUUGCACUUAUCUGACCAAGAAUGGCAGUACCCUGGAAUGUUUGUGAGGGUUUUUUUACAACUCUGUGUUCACAUAAUCGGUGUGCAUAUUUAUCUUAUGACAUUUGUGAGAAUGCGCGGAACGUUCAUGAAAGUAGGUCAGAGCCUGUUAGUAGGGCGACAACUCGAAAUGGAGAAAUUAUUAAAGGAAAAAAUGAUCCACUCUGUAAUGCCACCGAAGCUGGCCAGCUGGUUGAUGGAAGAGCAAAUAUUAGAAAACGAAACGACAUUCAAAACUCACAACGCUUUACAUUCACGUAGUUCGAAUCCAGGAGCUUCUGAUAUCAAAUCACUAUUCAGACCUUUCAACAUGCACUCGAUGGAUAAUGUUUCGAUACUUUUCGCCGAUAUUGUUGGUUUUACAAGGAUGUCGAGCAAUAAGAGUGCAGAGGAGUUAGUGAAUAUACUGAAUGAUUUAUUCGAAAAGUUCGAUGAGUUAUGUCUGCUUCAUGGUUGCGAAAAAAUAUCGACAUUAGGAGACUGUUAUUAUUGCGUAUCUGGUUGUCCAGAGCCUAGACCCGAUCAUGCAACGUGUUGUGUGGAAAUGGGACUGGGUAUGAUAGAGGCGAUCCAAGAGUUUGAUAGAGAGCGCGAUGAGGGGGUAAACAUGAGAGUCGGUGUGCACACGGGGACCGUUUUAUGUGGUAUAGUCGGCACGAGGAGGUUCAAAUUCGACGUUUGGAGCAACGACGUUACUUUCGCUAACAAAAUGGAGUCCACCGGAAAGCCGGGCCGCGUACACAUUUCCGAGGAGACUUGCAAAUUCCUCGGAGGCUCCUACGUUUUAGAGGAGGGCGAGGAAGUUUUCGGUCAUAAAACCUACUUCAUAGAGGGGCGCCUGCUGAAUUCCCCCUACGAUCACGACCGCUGCCUCACGCCCUCCAAUCCUAUUAACGUCCGCCUCAUUAUAUCUCCCGCAGUGUCCCCGCAAUCUAUUUUGUCCUUCAAUCACUCGCCGCUACCGCUGUCUGCUAAAACGAGCGAAUCGUCGACGGAUGAAAAACAAAACAAAAACGAUGCCAAAAAUUCGAACAACUUCCUAUCCCCGAAUCCUUUUAAUUUUCGUAAUAAAGCGAGUUCACUGCCAAGCAUUUUGGAUUCUGAUACUGAAAUGGACGAAAAGAAAGGUUUUCCUGAGAGGAACGGCAACUCAUCGAAAAGUCCGACGUCUGUUGGCAGUUACGGCAAAUACACGAACAAAUUGAAAGGCUGGAAAGUGCCAAGGUUUUUGAGGAAGCAUUCAGACACUCCGUUGCACGAAAUGAAGAAACGUCAGUUUAAUGAUAAGACAAUACACUUCGUGGAGCGAGGACAGGAGACCGUCCAGUCUAACAACGGUUACCAUCAAGUGCCUAUAGUGAUAGAAUCUCAGGAUAAUAAGUCGAAACCAGUACAAAGUAGUAGUAAAUUGAACUGUCCUCCUAACCAAGAAAUGGCGUCGUUUGAAAAAGAAAUCAUAGACAUUCGUUCCUAUUUGAGCCAAUCUAGGAGUAACAUGUCACCCUUCGCUAGAAGUAGCAGCUAUAGAUCACAGUAUGGAAGACCUAAUAUAGAGAUUCCAGUAUGCCGGGCGCGUUCUUCCACGUUAGCCACUCAAGGGGAGUUGAUCAGGCCGAAAGACCGCAGGCUGAAUCUGCCGCUGCCGGUUCCCCGGUCUAUCGAUGACGUCAUCAGCCUAUGCCCUUCCGUCAACAGCCGAAAGGACUCCGGCAUCAGAAGUACCAGUCGAAGAUCUAGUAUUCAACAGCAGAUAUUCGCACUCAAUCAUGCGUCACUGGCAACGUCUCAGGCCGACAUGAUGCAGCACCGAGUAUCGGGAUAUUAUACUUCGAGCCAGUCUUCUAUAAACGACCCCCCUUCUAGAAGCAGGUUGCCUCCACCGCUGAACGAAGACCAGGUCAAAUCACUACAGAAGCUGAGGAAACAAUCAGAUCUUCAGUUGAUCAGAUGCGUCCAAGACAAUGCGAGGUCGGGAAUAAACUAUUUCGUUCAACCGCCUUUGAAUAGGUUUACUCUGUUUUUCAAAAUCCCGGAAAUGGAAAAUCAUUAUCGGGACAAAGCGCACAGAAGUGAUGAUUGCGAGGACUUCCCGCCCACUCUCACCACAUCUCGAUUCAACACUGCUUUAGACAUAUUAGUAUCAGCGAUCAUAUUUUUAGCUGUUUCCAGUUCGAUAUUAAUUUUGUAUAACGAAUGGCGAUACACAAUCGGGUGGUUUGUGUUUUUCGUUGUCAUAGAGGUACUCGCUAUGACCUUGUGCAUUUAUAGACAUUAUUUAAAGUGGAAAACGAAACACGACCCGCACGAUAUUACGGACGCUAUGCGAAGGUCCGUCAAGAUAUUUAGAAAAUUAUCAAACUGGUACCCGUGGCAUUUGUCAGGCGGCCUGUUAAUAAGUUUGCCGAUAUUGGCUAUACUCAUCAAUUUCUCUUGCCAAAACACUACUAUGACAAUUUUGAAGGGAGAACAGUCUUUUUACGUUUAUCUUUUGUAUAUUUGUAUAGUCCACUUUUGCAACUUUACACAGAUGAGUUGGCUAGUAAAAAACACAAUGGUCACGUUAUACGCCGGCCUAUUCUUGUUCUUCGUCAUUCUGGGUUGUCGCGAGGCGAAUACUCAAUUAUUACACUCUGAUAUUAACCCUCUGUCGGUCGCUCAAAACAUGUCGUUAUUUAAUAUGUUAAAUAUUUCCAAUGAUGAUUUGUUUGAAAACAAUACGUCCACGUUCGUACACGAAGGUAUGCACCAUAAAAUGCACCUCACAGAAUUGUAUUUAGACGUCGCGUUAUUGCUGAUGUUAGUUUGGUUUCUUAACAGAGAGUUUGAAAUCAGUUACCGCCUAAGUUUCUAUAGCAACGUGGUAGCUAACCGCGACAAGCAAAGAGUGCAAAAUAUGAGGAACCAAGCUGAUUGGUUGCUGCACAAUAUUAUACCGCGCCACGUCGCCGACCAGUUAAAGAAUACUGCCAAAUAUUCAGAGAAUCAUAAAGACGUAGCGAUUAUAUUUGCUAGUAUUGUGAAUUUCAACGAAAUGUAUGAUGAGUCGUAUUUGAAAGGCAAAGAAUAUUUGCGGGUUUUAAACGAGCUGAUUGCCGAUUUCGACGAACUGUUGGAGAGACCGGAGUUCCAGCACGUGGAGAAAAUUAAGACUAUAGGCAGCACUUUCAUGGCAGCUAGCGGCCUGAAUCCCGGGCUGCGACACUCUUCGCGGGGUACAUACGACCACCUUUACCAGUUGAUGGAUUUCGCGUUGGAAAUGCAGAAAGUGGUGGAUAAUUUUAAUCAAGAUUUACUGGAAUUCGAUUUUAUUCUCCGUAUCGGUUAUAAUUUUGGCGAUGUCACGGCCGGUGUCAUUGGCACCUCGAAGUUGUACUAUGACAUUUGGGGCGACGCCGUGAACAUCGCCUCGCGGAUGGACUCCACAGGGGUUCCCAAACGGAUCCAGGUGGCCGAGCCCUGUCUCUCCGUGCUGUCUUGUAAAUAUGACUUCGAACAACGAGGAAGCGUUUAUGUAAAGGGGAAAGACAACAUGAACGUUCAUCUUGUGAUCGGUAAGAAAGAUUCGUAGAAGUGUACUAUAGAAAAGUAGAAUCUGUGAUUUAACUAUUUAUAUUUAUACAAACUACUGAUAAAUUUAAUCAAUUGUAAUUUUUAUUUUAAGAGAUGACUGUAGACUCUAUUUAUUGUGUAUUAUAUGGGCGUAAUAGCUUGUAAGAAAUACUCGGAAUGUAAAAUAUGAUAAUUUAUUCUUGAGCUUUAUUAGUAGGCAAAUGUUCUUGUAACAAUAAAUUUAUUUAUCUUAGCGACUAACUUGUAGAAGUGUACUUCGAAUUCCUUGCCUCUAAAAAACUGUGACCAGUGCUCUAGUCUGCGAUUAUAUUUGAUACAGAUGAUCCAAUUGUGCUUAUGUAAUAAUUAUAUCGGGUGUAUAUAAUAAAAACAAUUGACCUUGGGAAAAGGAAGUAGCUGUGCUUGAAAUAUGUGUUUAUAAUAUAAACAUAAACAUUUUAUAUUACAACGAUUGGAUUACUCGUGUUAGAUGUGAUUUGUACAUACGAUUGUAUACCUAUUUUAUGAUGCUCUAAGAUUAUUUAUACAUAUUUUGUAUAAAAAACAAAAGUGCUAUAUGUGUUUAAAUGUGAUUAGGAUAUCUGGAACGAUAUAUUUAUUGUAAAUAACAUACUUUUCUAUUUGAUCUUCGUAAUGAUCUGCAUAACUAUUAGAAUUUUAUUUAAGGGGACUGCGGUAUACCUUUUUUGAAAAUUUUAUUGAUUGUACUCCCGCCCCAUAUUCCUUAUAGGUAUAAUAUAUAUAUUAGUGAAAUAAGAAUUCGAUUUCCUGCGGAAAAAAUAAAUAAUUAGGCGUAUAUACAUUUAAAUCGAGGCUUUCACAACAGCUGUAUGUUUUUGCUAUCAUAAAUCAGUAAUGCAGCGAUAAUAGUGAUGGAACUCAUGUCUUUCAAAUGAUUGAAUGAAGCCUGUUCGAAGGAAUAGUUACAGAAGUAAUUUGCUAUGAACUACCAUAAUGGAAGUAAAUAAAACUUUAGAAUGGUAGAAAUAUUUUAUAUAGUGUACAAUAUCAUUUUUAUACUGUGCAACUAAUUCUUUUCUAAUACCUAUAAGAUAUUGUAUUAUUGCAAAUGAAUUUAUUUAAAUAUGAUGAUGGGAAAACGAUCACGUGAUUUCGAAAAAAUCAAGUUAUGAUUUAUCCCUAGGGAAGGAAAGAUCUCUUUCCUGGGUUUUAAAUCCAUAUCUGUGUUUCAUUAAAUAUCGAGUUAAUAUUUUUUUCAUCACUAUAUAUUUUGGGCAACAUAACUACCUUUUUUGUUAAUGUGCAUUAUAUGUAGGUAUCGUAUUCGUUGCGUUAUCAUUCAUCCAAUGAAUACGUUUCUUUAUCAUCAUGAUGAAUGUUAAAAUGUGCACUUGAAGUUUGCUUUUUCAAAUAGUAUUAACGUUUUUCAAUAACAGCGAGUCGUUAUUUACGGCAUAAUGAGGCAGUGCAGCUCUGGUAGUUAAUUUUUUCUAAAUAUAUUGCAGUCUUAGUAAUUUGCCUAAUAGAAAAUGCAUGUAUAUGAGUAUGUAUGUAGUUUAAAUCUAAGCAAUUUUUUCAAAGACUUGAUAGCAAAAUUUAAGAGUGUAUUUAAUAUUUACCUAUUUAUUUGAAUUGUGUAGAAGAUACAUUAAUAUAUAGAUAUUUAAUAUUUAUGAUGGUAGCACAGAUGAAAUAUUAGUAGAAUCUUGGUCUGAGAAAUGUACAGCCUGACUUGAACAUUGGGGGCGUCACAAAUUUUUUAGCCAUCUGUGCUUAGAAAUUAGUUCCUUUUUAUUUCGAUAAAUGGCGUGGUUUUCUAUUUUUUAACCGACUUCAUAAAAAGGAGGAGGUUUCUCAAUUCAUUUUUUUAUGUGUGUUCGCGCAUUUUUUUAUGUGUAUGGACCAAUUUUUUGGUCAGGUAAUGUUUACAGUUUAUAUCUACAUAACUACACAAAAUAAUGUCUUAAAAGUUCCAAUCGUAUUUUUUCCACAGGACAGGCAAAUAAUAUGGUAUAGUAUCAGAAAUAAACUAUAACGAUUAACCGCUAUCCAAUCCGCAUUAGGCCAGCGUGGUGGACUAUUGGCCUAACCUCUCUCAUUCUGAGAAGACUUGUGCUCAGCAGUGAGCUGAAUAUGGGUUGUAAUGACGAUUUACCGCAAAUCUAGAAAAUUCAAAAAUAUAUUAGGAAAUGACAGGCUGGAAACGCAUCAUGUCUUCAUAUAAGUAAAUUUGAUUGAUUACCUACAAUAUAGACUACAAGCAAUUGAACAAAAAAUACCUGUGAAAUGGCCCAACGUGAAUAACGCUAAAUAGGUCAUUUAUUACUGUACAGCAUUUGUGCAAUUUUGUACACAUAUAUAGAUACUUUACCCGAAAACGCCGUACAUUUUUCUAGCGCAGGGGUCGAAAUAUAAGGGUCGCAAAACCUUACUUUUUCACUCGCGUACCUACCUGUACCGCUCAGAAAUGACAGCAUAGUGCUCAGAGCUAUUUUCUGAUAUAGUAACAGCCUUCUAAGCAUUAUUCACGUUGGGUCAUUUCACAUGUAAUUUUUGUUCAAGGGCUUGUAGUCUAAUACGUAUACGUAAAUUUUUUAUAUAUGAUACAUAUUGUUCACUAAAAACUAUUAUAUAAAACUGUCUGUACUUAAAAUUUAUUGGAACUAAUUAAUUAAUAACAUUAUUUCUGUCUGUAAAGUACGAUUAAGUGUAGGAAUAACUUCCAAAAUACGUAAAUCCGAUUAUUUACCAAUUACUUACAAUGUUUUGUAAACUGCGCUUGCACAAAAUGUACCUAUGCAAAAGAGGUCGCAGCUCAGCCUAUAACUUGAGCAUAAAUUGACUUGAUUGUUCGUACUGUAUUGUACAGUUACGCACAUAUUACAAUUUUCAUUUUCUUAAGCAGACUAUGUACUUUAUUCAUAUUCAUGUAAGAUUUUAAAAAAUAACUACUUGUUGUACAAGUAUUUAUGUAUUUAAUUUUAAAAUCUGACACGACUUUUAACAUCUUCUGUAUUCGAUAUGCGGAUAAAGAACGGCUGGCCUAUUCAUUAUUUUGGUCUUUAUUAUCAACCUUUUAUACCUAAAAUAAAAAAACAUGAAAUCAAUUAAUAAAUAUCAUCUACCUACUAUAACAUAUCCACCAGUAAACAACGGAUGACAUAUUUUGUUACGUAGAGUUACAAUUUCGUAUGUCAACUAGCAUACGUCAAAGAUAAUAAAUUAGUACCUUUGACAUUAUAAUACUAUGCUAGUUGUACAUGACAUAUACGGAAUUCUAUGUAACAAAUUUCAUCCGGUGCUUACUGGUGGUUAUCACACAGUAGGUAAAUGACAUUUUGUCAAUUGACUUGAUGUUUAUUUUAAUAGGUUAAUAAUAAAGACCAAAAUAGUGAAUAGGCCAGCCGGGCAAUUAUUUCAAAUAAGCUUACUUUACAAUCAUUUUUGAAAUGUCAAGUUAUGUUGAUAUGGUGAUGAAGUCGAAAACUUAAUUAAAGUUAUGAAUGUUCCAAACGCAUUCAAUUACAUAAAUAUAAAGUAUAUACUAUAAAUCCGUAUAUGCGAGUGUGACCAUUCAAUGAAUGAAUGAAUCAAACUGUACCUAUAUACUCAGACCAAUUACCUUUGGACUUGUAUCGCACUAAAAUUCACCAAUUGUCUGUCGUUUUUUGAGGGGAACGAGGUAAACUCACACAUCGAAAAUAUUUAACAGCUAUAAAUAUAUUUAGUGUCCUUACACCACAAACAACUAUAUAUUUAAAUCGUAAUAUACACACGUGUAAUUUUAACACAGUGUAACAUCGAUUUUAUAGACGCAGUUUUUAUAAAUACGUUAGAUCGUGAUCAUAUACUUCGACAGAGGGGUAACGUCUAGUGAGGCAGGUCUUAUGGUAAUUGGUCUGAGCCUAUAUACGACAAACUGCAUAUACGAUGCCACCAUCGAUCUCCUAUUAAAAAGUGAGAUGCACAAUCAGCGACUAAAAAACGUCCCUACUUAAUGAGUGUCAAACACAACUUCUUGGCACUCAAUUCAAGUUUUGGCAAAUUCAGCGUUAAAGGUUGAAUUUGCUCGGAAUUUGGGAUUUUAUUCAAUAUUGGACUAUAUUUAAAGGCCUUUAGGUAUAAUUUUCUUUACCAAUCAUUCUAAAACUAUCAAAGGUAAAAUGGCCAGAUUUUAAGUGUUUUCUAGAUGAUUGUGCGUCCUUUUAUUAUAAGAGGUUAAUGGAUGCCACUUCUUAAAGUAAUUUGCUUAUUAAUUACAUCGACAUAUAUUCUAAAUCGCAAUUUCAAACAAUGAAUUUCCCUCAAACGAAUUGUAGAUCUUCAAACUUAUGAUGAGAAGCCUUACUAUACAUUCCACUUGUAUUUAAAUUAAUCGCCUUCAAAAUGUCUAUUUUCUAUAUAUAAGGUAUAUAAUAUAUAUUUGGUAUAUAAAUAAGAUACUUAUAAAUUAAUUCUUUUUGUUAACCAACUUUCAACAGUGGAAGAGAUUAAUUUGGUGUGUAAUGUAUGAAUUAUACAGGGUGUUCGGGAGUAUUUCCCAUAACUUCAAGGUGCCGAACCAGUUACAGGAGCCGCACUGCUUCACUAAUAUUUUUUUAACUAAAAAACAUUUAAGUUUUCGUACAAAUUAAAAUAGUUCCGACUGUCCAUGUAACAAACGCCUUUAUCUAUCCUUGCAUUUUAAAAUACGUCAAAGUUGACUACGUCCUAAUUAUGAGGAUGCGUUUAAAGGACACAUUUCAAGAUAUAUUUACAAAAGAAAUAUUAUUUACCCUGAAAAUAUUAAUUUUAGAACACAUGUUCCUUGAACAUUUUAAAGGAUUUUCGGUAAAGAAUAUAAUCCCUGAGUUAUGAGCACCCUGUAUAACAGAUAUGUUUAGAGAGAAUUAGUGCUGUAUUCCCAGUGAUAUAGCCACUGUUUAAAAUGUAUAAAAUGGCAUGUAACUUGUGUAAUUCUUAAAUUUUACCAGAAUGUUCCUUUGUGGACGUAGGCAAUAUUAUACAGAUACGGGAUAAUCAACAUAAUAUUUUGUCAAUAUUAUCCGAAUAGAGACGCGAUAGCCCAGUGGAUAUAACCUCUGCCUUCGGUUCGGAAGGGCGUAGAUUCGAAACCGGUCAGUGGCAUGCGCCUCUGACUUUUCAGUUAUGUGCAUUUUAAGAAAUCAAAUAUCACAUGUCUCAAGCGUUUAAGGAAAAACAUCGUGAGGAAACCUUCAUACCUGAGAAUCUUCUUAUUUCUCUGCGUGUGUGAAGUCUGCCAAUCCUCAUUGGGCCAGCGUAGUGGACGUAGUUGGGCUAACCGCCUCUAAUAAUAAAUGAUAUAUUGGAAAGUUCAAGGCAGAUUAUUUACUUUUAUCAAAAAUUAAAGGUUUUAAUAUUUAAUGACGAUUGAAAUUAAAGUGCCACAGAUAUAGAAAGUAUAGCCUGGCCAGAAAUAUAAAAAACCUAGUAUGGUGCCGCCAGAAACACUUUUUUCAUUUUUUUUUUCGUUUUCAGUAACAUUCCUAGGUUUUUCAUUUCUCUGGCCAGCUCAUACAUAUAUACAUAAGCUAUUAUUUAUUCUAAUUCUAAUGCAGCUUUAGUAAUUAAGCAUAGAAUUUUGUAUGUAUGUAGGUACCUUGUGAUUUCUAGUGAAAUUUUGGCAGCUCGCUCAUCUUAUAUCUUUCUAUUUAUUGACAAAAGUUGUUUUCAAAAACCCACUACAACGUAAUCGAGUAUUCUUUGUUUCUUGAUGUGAAGUGGUAUAAAAAUAUACACUUGUUUGUAUUACGAAUCGAAUUGAAAUAACAUCGAUUCCUUACUAAAAAUACAUAUUUUUGUUAUUUCUUAGUGCUUUCUCGAUCCACGUUGGUAUUUAUCUAUUUAUUUGUUAUUUUUUUAUUUUGUCAGGCCUUUUGGGUUUGCUAAAUUACACUCAGAGGCACAAUUAUCCGCCCACUUUUAAUACGACGCGAGUAUAUUAAAGUGGGCGGAUAAUUGUGCCCUGAGUAUAAUUUACAAACCCAACCUACGAAAAUAAAAAUGAAAUAUUUUAAAAGUUGUAAUGAAUUGAAUGAGAAGAAUGAAUUUUUAGAAUCGUUGGACCAAAACUGAAAUACCUAAAGAUACUUAGCUCUCUUUACAAUUUAUGAUUUAUAUAUACUAAUGAUGUCCAAAAUGGAAUGUAAUAGUUAAUUAUAUAUUAAUUAUACUUACAUGCUAUUUACUAUUUAAUAAAACAGUUAUCUUUGUAUAUUAUAUAUAUUGUUUACUUCCUAUUUAAGUAUACCUACCGCCUUCAUAUUUUUUCAAAUUCUAAAACGAAUAUGUGUAAAGAAUAAAAGGUAUUAAUAUUGA